AUGAGUUCCUCACCUGGCACUGCUGGUGGAACCCCAACGAAGCAGGUAAAAACCGAUAGCUGGAUGGACGAUGUUAUGCGUACAAAUAACGGUUCCGGAAAAAGUGGAAAAAUUUUCUCCAAUUUGUUGGAAAUGGAGCGCUUUGGGAACGCAAGUUUGUCGUUGGAUGCUAGCACGGUGGACUACAAUCCGGUGGACGACAUUCCAAUGUUGCCGGAUGCUGACGAACUACAGGAAAGCCUUCUGUACAACGAAUCGCCGAAUUUACCUUCUGUCACCACGUAUAAACAGCUUAGCUCGGAUCUUUUCCCCCAAGGUAAAUCGUCGUUAGGCAGUCUGGAUGAAAUUGAUAUUUCUAUUCUUACUGAGGGUUUAGAGAGUGAGAAGGAUAUCGAGGAACCUGAUGAACCAUGGCAUUGGGACAAACUGUUUGCUCACCUGUCGGUUCAGAUUAGUGCUGAAGCGAAAACAACAGCCACAUCGGCUGGAGAACCUAAAAAUUAGGCGUAAAAUUCACAUUGAAUCUCGGAUUCCUAUUUAUUACUGAACUAUUCAGUUAUUUAUAUUACUACUAUCGAUAAUGUACAAUGUUUCUUCAUCGAGCUUCUGGAGACCCUCGGGAAGCAACAUAUUUUCCUCCGCAUACGGGAGAAUGUCGCAAAUUAGCGAUGACUCGACGUUCAGAAUAUACUCGCACGGUCUUGGUUCCAGCAGGUAUAGUGCGAUUGCGUUCGAACUUGCGGAAUGCUCCGUACACUUGAGCUUAACUUCGACCUGUCUAGCAAGCGAGGUUUUAUCGCAUACUUCGCCUCCGCCGUAGAAGUUGCUUAACUGGUUUUCGUUUUUACGCUUAUUUUUUAUUGCGGGAUUUUUCUCGAGCCAUUCGAGAUGUUUCUCCUUGUUGAAGUAGCCCAGGUAGAUGGAAGUGUCGUCGUGGAAUUGACGCACGUGCUUCCCGUAGCAAAGCUCAAACUUCCACCAGCCCGAUCCCUGGAAAAGGCAAACAACUCUUUUAUACCGAUCAAAUUAGGCUUAGAAAUGCAAUUCUUACUCCGGUAAGACAGUAAACGCCGUCCAAAAAUUCCAGAAGGGGUUUGAGCUCUUUGGAUUUUCUUAUAUUUCUGGAAAAAGCAUCCGUCGGACUGGUGCUGUCCUCUUCUGCACCACCCGUGUUGUGUGGUAACUUCUGAUUCAAUGCCUCGAUAAUCGGAAUAUCGUUGGGGAAUAAUUCUAUCUUAAUUGGUGUAUCCUGUUCAAAGAAAUCAUAUGCAUAUGAACGUUAGAUCACGGAUAACUAUAUUAUUCCAGUUAGAGGUUAAAUGAAGCCUGAACUGCACAACUUAAAUAUUAAUAAAACAAAGUGUAACCAACCUCAUCAAGAUUAAUUACCGCAAUGGCAUCUCUAAGGUUUUUUUGCACUUCC